CAACCGGUGACCGGCUAUCGAUUGUUUUCUCGCUAGACAGCUGUUCGCUGUCCUAUUCUGUUUGUAGGUUAAGGUUCGAGAUUUGUUUAUAUUUUACAACAAAAAUGAAUUCGACUGAUUUUUUGAAUCUCAGCGAGCACCAAAUUGUCGAACUAGUGAAAAGUGGACUUCCCAGAAACAUUUCAAAGACUCUUAAUGUGUUGACGGUGAAAGAAGACGUUUUAUUUACUUGGGAUUUUCAAAGUCACUGUGUUUUAACUUUGAAUAUCAAAGCUGCUAGAGACAAUGAAGGAGUAAUUUGUCAGAAACUCCUACCUCUGUCACCACCGAUAUUUUCACCGGAAAAAAUCAUAGCCAAUGAAAGUGGUACAUUGUUGGUAGUAGCUGGACCAAAUGGUGUCUUGGUUUUCCAACUGCCCUCGAGAUGUCCACCUUAUGGCUCAUACAACAACAACAAGGAGUUGGUUUAUUGCCGGACUUUCAGCCUAGAUGAGAGAUUAUUCAUGAGCAGUGAUGAUUUCGAAGUCCUUCAGGUCAAAUUCCAUCCAGGAAGUGUAAAAGACAACCAUAUCCUACUUCUCACUUCAGAUAACACUUUACGGUUGUAUCAAGUGGAAGAUGAGGUUACUUGCCUUGGAACUUUUGCCAUCGGCGAAAAGCCCAUGGCGAAGGUACCAUGUUCCAAGAUGACGUUUCUUGGGGCUCUUGGAGAAAUUGCUGUUGAUUUCGAUUUUGGACAUCCAGAACUCAAUAAGGAUGGAGAAAAAGAAAAAAGCAUCAACAUAGAAAAAGAAAUCUCUGGAAAAUCUAUGGUGAAAGUUAGAGAUCCCUUUACUGAAACCGAGACUAUGAUACCAGUGCAUCAGCAGCAAACCGUCAUCAAGAAGAGUGAUGCGUUGAAGGAAAGGGAAAAUUAUUCGAAUUUCAAUUGGCCAGUCUAUGUUUUAUCCGCUGAUUUUAUCAUCAUAACUAUCAAUAUUCCAUUAUAUGAGAAAAAAGGUUAUGAGGUUAAAGGUCCAAUACCUCUGAUGCCCAACAAUUUUUUUCCGUACGACAAAAGAGCCUGUUCUAUGAUUUGUCUGAAUUCCACCCCCCAGGUUUUGUGUAUUGGGAGCACCCAUGGAGAGAUAUACCAUGGUAUAGUUUUGCCGAUUGAGGAAGAGAGAGAACAGGAGAGCCAGUUGAACCUCUCAUCUUCGAAUCAAAGUUCCGCUGAUAGAGAAAUUUAUUUCUUCGAAGCAGUAGACAUCGAGUUCGGUCUAACAACUUCUAUGGAAGAUACGGAGAGGGGAUACACCUGUCCGAUUUUUCUGCAUAGGGACGAUUCGCGAAGCGACAGAUAUUUUGCAACACAUUCUGCAGGUGUCCAUACCAUCAAUGUUGGUUGCAUGGAGGAUCUACAGAAGUUCAUGUUAUCUGAGAAUUUAGUUGAUGUCUUCCAAAUUCCAAGCGCUGUAGAGUACCUUGUGUGUACUAAAACAAGCACCACCAAGAACCACAAUCCCACAAUUGGUUUUUCUGUUUACUACAAUCCCAACUCCAUCAUUACCUUGUUAGCUAACGGUAAUUUCGUCAGUUUAGCGUUGAUCGGAACUGAUAUAAGCCUUCCACAACUGGAGAAAUUAGUCUUGGAAGAUCCAGAAUGUUCUGCCCCAUCAAUGCAAGAUAUGAUAAAUAUGCCGUUCAACCAGCAUAUAUUGAAACUCCUGAAGAGAGCAGACUCUCAUCCUAUCUUGAAACUUUCCAGAUACGAGGAACACUCAAUGAAGGAGUGCAAUGAGUUGUUCCAAAGAACCGUCCUAAUCUUCAAGGAGAAAAUCAAGUGUCAUCAAAUUGCUAGAGAAGAAAUAGAAAAACGUGCUACGGCUUUGGCAGUAUUCAAGGAUUAUCAGUUGAAGGAACUGGAUUAUAUGAAUAGGGAGAAAAAAACUUUGCAGGAGAAGGCUGAAAGUCUAGCUGAGAAAUAUGAGGAGAUAAAAGAACAUCAAGAAUUAUUGUUGAAGAGGUGCGCCAAAUUGCUGGUUCUUGUUUCCAUGAAAAAAGAAGUAUUAUCGGAUGCUGAAAAUAACUAUCUGCAUGAUUUGAAGGAUAUGAGAACCAAAUGCGAUAAGUUCGAUUCGGCCAUCGACAAACUUAUUGUCAAGAAAAAUUAUCAGGAAACACAGAUGAGGAGCUGGAAGAAACAGCAACAAAGGAAAUCCUAUGCCAUCAGUGAAACACAUAAAAAUACCAUCAAAGAUAAUUUGGUAGAAUCGUCUAAGAGAAUCAAUGAAAUGGUAGAAGAAAUAAAGGCCGUCAAGCAACAAUUGCGAUUGAAUUAGAAUGAUUUUAAUUGUUAUUCCGACUUGUAUUAUUUUGAUUAAUAAAAAGAACAUAGUUCUCUUAAA